CGCGCGGCGUGCGGUAGUGUCGGGAACGGGGAAUAAUAAUAAUAAUAAUAAAACUAUCGUUCGGUCGCGCGCCAUCGUCGGCGUAUCGCUUCAUCCGCCGCGACUGGCACUGUACACUCUGCUGCGACUGCGACGACUGCGAAGACGACAUCGACAUACGCGUCCGAUGGCCGACAGUCGGCGGACUACGUUCGACCACGACGUCUGCUAAACGUCCAGCAGCCAGUGCUAUAUACCUAUGAUAAUAUAUUAUAUUUUACUAUUAUCGUUCGGGCGUGAAUUAAUUGUGCGAUGAAUGUGCGCGAGUUUUAUUUCGUUUUCGUAUUAAAUCGCCGUCGUGAAAGCCGUUUCUAAAAUAUUAUUUCGGUACUGACGUUAUACGAUUUUAAUAUCAAUAUUAUCAAUAAUAUAAACUACCGCAGAUGUAAAAUUACACCACUAUUACACCUAUAUUAUACUAAAAUAUACUGUCACUUCUAUUACUAUAUACUAUUACUUAUAGUUACUAUUUUAGACUCUACUACUAUAAUAAUAAUAUGUUAUAAGUCGCUAUAAUAUAAUAUAAUAAUAUAUUAUUAUUAUAAUAUACACCGCGGCCGCGAUAGUCGUACCGGUUGGUAUAAUAUAAUAGUAUUGUCGUGCGCGGGUGAUAUACAUCGAAAACAACAAACGAUUUUCGCGUGAAAAAUAUACCGUCGCCACGCAUUCGGAAUGAUGCUAAAAAACACUGAGGCCGACCUGCGACCCGGCAAACAGCAGCAGCUGAUGUUGGGCGCGUUCGGCGGCCCGCAGAUGUUGGCCGACACGUUGCACGCCGCCACGGCCGCCGACGACGAAGACGACGACGACGAUUGCGGCGGCGGAGAUCGCAAGGGAGACAUGUACGCGGCGACCGCCAUGGCCAUGAAGGACUCGCCGGUGGCGGCCGGUCUGCAGGACGGCAACGGGUUUUGGAUGGCGGCCGUGUCCGCGGCCGGGCCGCAGAUGGACCACCACGCGGCCGACUAUCAGCCGGCCGCCGUUCCCGACUACAUGAUGCACCACGUGAUGGGAGGCGGUGGCGGCGGCGGUAACGAUAACGUGUCGCCGGUGGACUCUCAACACCAGCAGCAGCAGCACCACCAAGUCGCUGCCGCCGCCGCAGCCGCCGCUGCCAUGUACCAGAUGCAGGCGGACCAGCAGGUCGGCGGCGGUGGUGGCGGCGGGAUCGGUGCCGGCGGAGGCGGUGGACAGCAAGAGUAUCCUUGGAUGAAGGAGAAAAAGACCACCAGGAAGAACAACCAUCAAGGAGUGCGUAAAACUACGUGUUUAUUCGAUGAAAAACAAAACGGGUUACCUAGGAGACUACGGACUGCGUACACCAACACUCAGCUUCUAGAGCUUGAGAAGGAAUUUCAUUUCAGCAAGUAUCUGUGUCGGCCCAGGAGAAUAGAAAUCGCCGCAUCUCUAGACCUCACCGAGAGACAGGUCAAAGUAUGGUUCCAAAACAGAAGGAUGAAGCACAAGCGGCAGACGAUCAACAAACAGGGCGAAGACGGCGACGACAAGGACUCACAAAGUUCGGGCACGACUACCGGCAAACACGGAAAGUCGUCGGGAGGCGGCGGCGGUGGUGGUGACAAACAAAUGGACGACAAGAAGAGUUGUCAGAACUGCGACUUGCCACCCGGCAUAAUGAUGGAGCAUGUGACCGGCCGGAACAGUAGCGGGGCCGGAAGUAGCGCCGGUAGCGUCAGUUCGUUCGACACGAAAAUGGAAGACGACUCGCAGUCCAACGAGGGCAUCAUGCACAUGACCGUCAAACGGGAACCGUCGGGCAAACCGGAACAGGCGCAGACGAACAAGAAAUCGGCGGCGGCCAUGUGCCCGAAAGAUCCGAUGAGACUAAUGCCGGACAUUUCGCCGGAAAUUGGCAAGUCACUGAAGGGAGGCGGCACGUCCGUGGGAAGUCUGACGCCGUCCACGCCGGACACGCCGUCUACCGCACUGUCGAGUCCUCUGGGCACCGCGGCCGCCAUGUACCAGCAACAGCAGCACCAGCAACAGCAACAGCAACAGCAACUGGAUCACUCGGUGUCCAUCACGCCGCCGACGCCGUCCAACGGCGGACCGACGGCCAAGUCGCCGUACUCGAGGGUGGCCGCCGACUCUUACAGACAACAGCAACAGCAAUACAACAAGCAAAACAAUUUCGGCGGCACCGGUAAGGACUGCUACAUGUCGCAGUAUCCGCCCAGCACGCAGAGCCGCUGGUACAUGUCGCCGGAGACUUCGUCUCCGCCGUCGUCGUCUUCGUCUUACAAGUCCAAGUCCGGCGCGGCCGCAGCCGUCCAGAGCCCCGGCAGGGUUCAGCAGCAGUCCGGUGCGGGCCAUUGCCGUCAACAGUACUUGCAGGGCGCCGGUGCGGGUUACGGUCCACAACAGCAAUACUGUAACGGUUACGGCAACAACGGUUAUCAGACGGCCGGCGCCGGUGACUCGUCGUACCAGCAGCAGACCGGGACCGUACCACCGUCGGCCGUCGGUUACCACCACCGUCAGGCGUACCAACAGCAGCAGCAGACCGGCGUCGCCGGUUACGGUGGCGGUACCGCCGGCGGCGCCGGUACCGGCGGUGACGAUUAUCACCAUCACCAUUUGAGUUACGCCGGCACGUACCAAGCUACCAGCCAGGGAUACGCGUCCAACAGCCAUCACAUGGGAGGCGUCGGCGUCGGAGUCCAUCAUCAACAACAACACCACCAACAGGACCACCAUCACUCGGGCUCGCAACUGUACAACAUGGACUACCACCAUCAACCACAUCAUCAGCAGCAGCAGCAACUCCAACAGCAGCAACACCACCAGCCGCCGCAACACCAUCAGCAACAGCAACAGCAGCAGCAGCAGCAGCAGCAGCAGCUCAGGUACAACAAGUCGGCCGCGGCGGCCGCCGUGCAGGUGUCGGCUGCCCAGUACUACGUGCAGGACCCGGUGGCGGGCGGCGGCACCGGAACCGCCGUGGCCGCCGUACCGGAACUGGAGGCCGCGUUCUCCGACCAGUUCCACGCGCACGGCUCGUCCGUGGCCAUGACGCCGCCGAACAGCGUCCGGGCGGCCGCCGACUCGUCCGGCGACCACUUCAACAGUUUCCAUCACUUCUACAACGGCGGCGGUUCAGCGUCGGCCGCUGUGGUCGGCGGCGGUGAACCGCACUGCCAGCACCAGCAACAGCACCAUCACCAGACGGCGGCUGCGAACGCCGUCGCCGCGGCCGCCGUCGUUCCCGUCACCGCGGGCGGCGCCGCAGCCGCCGUGGCCGCCACCGCCGCCGCGAUGGCCCACCAUCCGCCGCCGCCGCCGCUGCCGUUGCCGCAUCAUCACCAUCACCACCACGGCGGCGUGCACGACAACAGCAACAGUUCGUCCGACUUCAACUUCCUCAGCAACCUGGCCAACGAGUUCGCGCCCGAAUACUAUCAGCUCAGCUGAGAUUCGCUUUACUAUUAACUCGCACGUUCGUAUUACGGCACGCCGACCACUUGCCCAUCGCGGUUUUUCCUGUUUUUUCGUCUUUCGUGGACCCGAAUAUCGUCGUCGUCCAUCUUUAUUUUUGUCACUGCAUGCGCUUUGUUUU